UGCGCGGCGCGGCUGGCGCUGCGCUCCGCCCCGGCUGCAUUGCUGCGCUCCUGUUGCCCAGGGGAGCCCACGCGCCGCGUGCGCCCCGCAGCCGGCCGCCCAGAGGCAGCGCAGACCGCUGGCAAUGGGCCCCGGGGGUGCCCGGAGCUGGGGCUCUGGGCUGAGGCGCUGAAAGGCGCCCUCUCGUCCGCGGGGCCCCGCGCCCGGCCCGCCCACCCGCCUGCCCGCCCGCGGCCAUGGCCGUCCGGUCCGGCCUGUGGCCAGCGUUCCUGGGCAUAGUCCUCGCCGCCUGGCUCCGCGGCUCGGGGGCCCAGCAGAGUGCCACAGUGGCCAACCCGGUGCCCGGCUCUAACCCAGACCUGCUUCCCCACUUCCUGGUGGAGCCUGAGGACGUGUACAUCGUCAAGAACAAGCCGGUACUGCUGGUGUGCAAGGCCAUGCCCGCCACGCAAAUCUUCUUCAAGUGCAACGGGGAGUGGGUGCGCCAGGUGGACCACGUGAUCGAGCGCAGCAUGGAUGGGAGCAGCGGUCCCCAGGAGAGGCAGGACUCCCACACCUGGGACCCACUGUGUACACACCAAGGCCUUCCCUGGGAGGCCCACCCUCACAAGACUUCAUCACUUGGACUGCCUGCCAUGGAGGUCCGCAUCAAUGUCUCGAGGCAGCAGGUGGAGAAGGUGUUUGGGCUGGAGGAGUACUGGUGCCAGUGCGUGGCGUGGAGCUCCUCGGGCACCACCAAGAGUCAGAAGGCCUACAUCCGCAUUGCCUGUGAGUCCAGGGCGGAGGUGGCCCUAGGGUGUCACUGGGGGAGGAGGGCUCAUCAGAAAUCCUCAGAUCCUGCCUUGAUGGGUGGAGGGAGUGCCUAUGGACGCUGCCCAGCCACCCCCACAUCCCCCUGGGCACUUGACACUUCCUUCUGGCAUGUGCCAUGGCCCCUGCAGGACCAGGGGACAGGGUCAGCCAGGCUGACCUGGCGUGAGGCACUCAGCCUGGAGGACACUCUUGUUCUUCCCCCAGAUUUGCGCAAGAACUUUGAGCAGGAGCCGCUGGCCAAGGAGGUGUCCCUGGAGCAGGGCAUCGUGCUGCCCUGCCGCCCGCCAGAGGGCAUCCCCCCAGCUGAGGUGGAGUGGCUCCGGAACGAGGACCUGGUGGACCCAUCCCUGGACCCCAAUGUGUACAUCACGCGGGAGCAUAGCCUGGUGGUGCGACAGGCCCGCCUGGCCGACACGGCCAACUACACCUGCGUGGCCAAGAACAUCGUAGCUCGUCGCCGCAGCGCCUCCGCUGCUGUCAUCGUCUACGUGAACGGUGGGUGGUCGACGUGGACCGAGUGGUCCGUCUGCAGCGCCAGCUGUGGGCGUGGCUGGCAGAAAAGGAGCCGGAGCUGCACCAACCCGGCGCCUCUCAACGGGGGCGCCUUCUGUGAGGGGCAGAAUGUCCAGAAAACAGCCUGCGCCACCCUGUGCCCAGUGGAUGGCAGCUGGAGCCCGUGGAGCAAGUGGUCGGCCUGUGGGCUCGACUGCACCCACUGGCGGAGCCGUGAGUGCUCUGACCCAGCACCCCGCAACGGAGGUGAGGAGUGCCGAGGCACUGACCUGGACACCCGCAAUUGUACCAGUGACCUCUGCGUGCACACUGCUUCCGGCCCAGAGGACGUGGCGCUCUACGUGGGCCUCAUAGCCGUGGCCGUGUGCCUCCUCCUGCUGCUGCUCGUCCUUAUUCUUGUGUACUGCCGCAAGAAGGAGGGACUGGACUCGGAUGUGGCCGACUCAUCCAUUCUCACCUCAGGCUUCCAGCCCGUCAGCAUCAAGCCCAGCAAAGCAGACAAUCCCCAUCUGCUCACCAUCCAGCCAGACCUCAGCACCACUACGACCACCUACCAGGGCAGUCUGUGUCCCCGGCAAGAUGGGCCCAGCCCCAAGUUCCAGCUCACCAACGGGCACCUGCUCAGCCCGCUGGGUGGCGGCCGCCACACGCUGCACCACAGCUCACCCACUUCCGAGGCUGAGGACUUCGUCUCCCGCCUCUCCACCCAGAAUUACUUCCGCUCCCUGCCCCGCGGCUCCAGCAACAUGGCCUAUGGGACCUUCAACUUCCUUGGGGGCCGGCUGAUGAUCCCUAAUACAGGCGUCAGCCUCCUCAUCCCCCCGGACGCCAUACCCCGAGGAAAGAUCUACGAGGUCUACCUCACGCUGCACAAGCCGGAGGAUGUGAGGUUGCCCCUAGCCGGCUGUCAGACCCUGCUGAGUCCCAUCGUUAGCUGUGGGCCCCCCGGAGUCCUGCUCACCCGGCCAGUCAUCCUCGCCAUGGACCACUGUGGGGAGCCCAGCCCCGAGAGCUGGAGCCUGCACCUCAAAAAGCAGUCCUGCGAAGGCAGCUGGGAGGAUGUGCUGCACCUCGGCGAGGAGGCGCCCUCCCACCUCUACUACUGCCAGCUGGAGGCUGGCGCCUGCUAUGUCUUCACGGAGCAGUUGGGCCGAUUCGCACUGGUGGGAGAGGCUCUCAGCGUGGCCGCGGCCAAGCGCCUCAAGCUGCUUCUGUUUGCCCCCGUGGCCUGCACCUCCCUCGAGUACAACAUCCGAGUCUACUGCCUGCAUGACACCCACGAUGCACUCAAGGAGGUGGUGCAGCUGGAGAAGCAGCUGGGAGGACAGCUGAUCCAGGAGCCCCGCAUCCUGCACUUCAAGGACAGUUACCACAACCUGCGCCUGUCCAUCCAUGACGUGCCCAGCUCCCUGUGGAAGAGCAAGCUCCUCGUCAGCUACCAGGAGAUCCCCUUUUAUCACAUCUGGAAUGGUACACAGCAGUACCUGCACUGUACCUUCACCUUGGAGCGCGUCAGCCCCAGCACCAGCGACCUGGCCUGCAAGGUGUGGGUAUGGCAGGUGGAGGGCGACGGGCAGAGCUUCAACAUCAACUUCAACAUCACCAAGGACACGAGAUUCGCUGAGCUGCUGGCCCUGGAGAGUGAAGGGGGGCUCCCAGCCCUAGUGGGCCCCAGUGCCUUCAAGAUCCCCUUCCUCAUUCGGCAGAAGAUCAUUACCAGCCUGGAUCCACCCUGUAGCCGGGGUGCCGACUGGCGGACUCUGGCCCAGAAACUCCACCUGGACAGCCAUCUCAGCUUCUUUGCCUCCAAGCCCAGCCCCACAGCCAUGAUCCUCAACCUGUGGGAGGCGCGGCACUUCCCCAACGGCAACCUCAGCCAGCUGGCUGCAGCAGUGGCCGGACUUGGCCAGCCAGAUGCUGGCCUCUUCACAGUGUCAGAGGCCGAAUGCUGAGGCCGGCGAGGCCCACAAAGCCUACACUCUCACCAGCUUUGGCACCCGCCAGGGACAGGCAGAAGCCACCACCGGGGAGAGCUGUGUGGACAGGCCCCCUCCUGGCAGACGCUAUCCCCUAACACUGGCCCUUCAGACCCUGCCCGCACUCCUUCCCCUCCAUGGCCUGCCUGGCCGGGCUGGCACUGCCACCUGCUCCGACUCUGCCCGGGGCCCAGGGUGGACAGUGCCUGGAGCCCGGGCUGGCCCCAGCCCAUCUGUGUGUGUGUAUGUGCGUGUGAUGCUACCUCUCCUCCUGCCCCAGCCAGGGGGCCGCAUACACACGGGCAUACAUGCACACGAUGGGCUCGGGACGUGGCCCCCGGAGCUCCUGCCUGAGCUGGACCUUAUGCAAACAUUUCUGUGCCUGCUGGGUAGGGGCACAUCUGAGGGGCCUGGCUCCAAGCCUGUGGGACUGAGGGCCACAGCUGCACAGGGGGCAGCCCCUGGAUUCAGGCACACAACUACCACACGGGCAUGUGCCCAUGCAUGUCCCGUGUGCUCCUGUCACAUGCAUCCCCCCACACAUGCAUCUCAUGCUGUACACCUGGAGGCUGCUCACGUCUCUCACGCCCGGUGUCAGUCCACAUCUGCCUCUCACAUGCUGCCCUUCUCCCACCCACCCAGGGACACCCAACGGCUCCUCUCCGAUCCCCCCCUGCCCCCAGCCACGAGGAGCCCUGCCUGACGGGGCAUGUGAAUAUGCAACGGGAGUCCCGGGCUGGACAAUGGCGAGUGUGCGUGCCGUGGCGUGCCCGUUCUUGGGGCUGGCCGGUGCCCCCGUGCGGGGCCUGUCAUGUGAAGCUUGUGCCCUGACUCUGUUUUAAGUGCAUUCGUGCACUUACACUUGGCCUUAUGUACACAGCCUUGCCCGGCCGCCAGGGCGCGUAGGGAUUUUAGCGGACGUGAAUGUAAAUAAAUUAUAUAUAUAUAUUGCUAA